AUGGCUUCAACACUCGGACGCUGUGUAAGGCGGCUCAGACCAGCCGCCAAUUCGGUCGCCAGCUCGUCUACCGGCACAACUGCAUAUGCAAGCAGGCGGAACCUUUCAGCGAGCGUGCCACGCCAUGACGACGAGAAGCCCGACCGCCCAGGAUCGGACGAACCUUCGAGCUCCAGCACCUCGGACAGUCAGCCCAGUUCGUCGAAUCAAGCGUCGGGAAGCUCGACAUACAAACCGUCUUCCAGGGCGGGAGCGUGGCCCUUCGAACACGCUUCUUCUUCUUCCAGUGACCCAACCAGCUCCAAACAAGACGCUUCCUCUUCCUCUUCCAGCUCAACCUUCAACCCGUACAAAGGCCUCUUUGACGGCAGCGACCCAUUCCCCACCGUUACCGUGCCGAAUCUCAGCUCUGCUCCCGCCGCCUCACCCACAGCCCCCACCCAAGCCUCCUGGCUCUCGGACCAGCUCGACUCGCUCACCACCUCGCCCCGCACACCUCGUCCGAACGCCCGCUCAGACGAUCGCAAGAAGCAUCCCAUCCCGCGCUCGGUCCUGUUCGCCGACUCGGACCGUGCGCGGCAAAGCGAAGAUUUCCGACCGCGCAAACCUGCCGCUCCACGCAAGCGGUUCGACCGAACGCCCCUCACGCAGCAGGAAGCCAACGCCUUCAUGAGCCUGCUCAAUCAAGCCCUCGCCGGAACAUCCACUCCAACAUCUUCACCCCUACCCACGGCGGGCGAGAGGGAAGAAACACCCUUCGGAAGCUACACCUCGCUCAUUUCGAACCCCAAGACGCAAUCGGGGUCGAAAGCGCUGUUGCAAGCCUUUGCGACGCGGAAUCGGUUGAAGCGGUUUGAGGAGGCACGAGAGCAGCGCGCGCGGCGCUUCAUGCGCGAAGGUCUCGCCGGGUCGAUGGACCCGUUGGUGCUAGAGGCAGGCAUCGAUGAGGCGCGGGAAGCCAUUGCAGCGUGUGAGAACCUGGUGGAUUUGCUCGACUGGGCCAAACGCGAGGUGUGGGGCAUCCAUCCUACCCCCACAUCGGCGGAAGUGGAUCUUGCCAACACACUCGAAACCUCGGCGACGAGCACGGAGGGUAAGCGAGAGGUCAAGUAUGGCAAAGAAACGCCGUUCUACCCGUCGGUGCUGCAGUUGUUGUUCCUGACGAUUCGGGAUCGAUAUCGAGCACCACAUGUAGCGCUCACCAUCCCACGCACGACGCGCGCGCUCGGGAUUGAGAGUUACGUCCUGGGUGUGACGGGUUCGCUGUACAACGAAGUGCUCAAAACCCAAUGGGACUGGCUCGGCGAUCUUCCCGGCGUCGUAUCGACUCUCCGACAAGCGCGAGAGACCGGCAUCCUGUCUGCACCGCUCAAACACCCCAUCGCCCCCGAAAAGGGCGCAGGCGGCCUGGCGACGAGCGAAGACGAGAGUAUACGGGAGACGGUCGAUCGCAUCGCGAAUGAGGUGCGCAAGUACGUGCUGGAUCAGAAGAACGAAGAAGAUGUGUUUGGGGAAGGAUCGGUGGAGGCGGGCAAGGGGGGAAAGAUGGGAGGGGUGAAGGGGUGGAGUGAGAAAUGGCUGUUGACGCAGGCGGAGGAGGCGACCGGGUUGGCAGGGAGGCCGUUCCGGUUGACCCAGAAGCGGAUGUCGCGGUUCGACCAGCGGGAAGGGAGAGAGAGAGGGAGGGUGGAUGGUGAGAGGAGGAUGACGCCGAGACCGUUUAGAAGGAACGACGACGGGUAUCAGAGGGAGAGCAGAUCGGCGUCGUCAUCGCCUAGGUUUCCGUCGCAGUACAACCCGCGCUCAUCUUGGAGAUCCUCAGAGCUCCCGUAG